AAGGUACCCAGUGGAGAGAGAAGAAAGAUUGCGUUUAAGAUUCGAUCAUCCAGCAGUGAAGAGCUAUAUUUCAUGAACAACUGGAACUGAAUGACUUCACUGAGAAGAGGAAGAAUCUAGGAUAAGUUUGUAUUUGUUUCUUAAAGUUUAGCGGACUUUGGAAAUAACCAUGCAGUACCAACACUCUACGUCUCCGGCGAUGAGUGUCAGCGUUCCUCUUUACGCACCGACUCCAAUUCAGCCGGUGCACCCAACUCCGUUUUAUAUUGACGAUAUUCUGGGCAGAAAUGUGACUUCCACCUCUACUCCAUUGAUGCCGACCCCAGCUCUGCCGUCGGCAAAUUCCUCCUUUACCAGCUUGGUCUCACCGUACAGGACUCCAAUUUACGAACCGACCCCGAUUCAUCCAGCGUUUUCGCAUCCGGCAGCACUGACAGCUACGUAUAACACGGGAGCGUUUGCUGGUUCAUUCUUCCCUUUUCACCGGACAAUGGGCGACUACGCACAUGCAUUAAUCAGACAUGAUCCCCUUGGAAAGCCUCUUCUGUGGACUCCCUUUAUUCAAAGGCCUCUGCACAAAAGAAAGGGCGGGCAGGUUCGAUUUUCGAACGAUCAAACUAUUGAGCUGGAAAAGAAAUUUGAGACACAGAAGUAUCUCUCACCCCCCGAACGAAAAAGACUCGCAAAGAUGUUACAGCUCAGCGAAAGACAGGUAAAGACUUGGUUUCAGAAUCGCAGAGCAAAAUGGCGACGCUUGAAGCAGGAAAACCCUCAAGGAACCAAAAGGGAAGAAUGCGAAAUUUCUGGAAGCCGUUGUGAUCAGAGGCAGGACAUCUCUUUGAAUCCCGAGCAGAGAAACAAAGAAAUAAUUCUUAGCAGAUCCCAAUGCUCAUCAUCGCCGGCAUCUCAAGAGGAAAUCGAAUCCGACAUCUCAGAAGAUUCGGAACAAGACGUGGACAUUGAAGAGGACAGGCAUUUUUCAUGAAAUGUACAAUGAAAGACUGCUCGAAUGCAAUUAAAAACCACUUAGCUAUCGCACUAUGGACCUAAUUCUCAGUUGGUUUACGCGCUAUUUACGCCGUGUUUUAGGGCGUAAAUAACGAAAACAGGACAUGAAAAGGCAAUACAACGAUAAAUAGGUGCAUGGCUAAGUAGCUGAUGUAUAUAUGUACUUAUAUUUGAGGGAUCUCAACAUAACAUUAGUAUAUCAUACGGCCAACAAAGAAGUUCAACCAGAUCUAUUUAACUUAAAGAGUAUAUGUUUUUGUACAGUGUCUUUGCGAGUUUCUUUUUUGAGCAUUGUUCACCUAAAUAAAUAUUGUACGAUAUGCUUGCUUUACUUGUGAUGCGUGAAUUUAAUCUGUUUUAAUGAAAGCAAGCUUAUUUUUGUUGUAUGUAUUUUGUUGUUUUUUUAAAAGGUAAAACUUCGUGCUGUAAAUACCUGUUUGUAAAUGAUACACAACACAGCCAUGGAAAAUACUUGUUGAGUUCCUAAUAAACUCUGCAUCGUU